GCACAGGUCAGCCAUGGUCAUGAUCCCAACACCAGACUGCGGCUCGAUUUUGGCAAGUAUAGCGGCCGCCAUAAAGUCUUCCGCUCUACCGUCCUCCAUCGCUUCCAGGUCGUGCUCAAUCGCUUGGGGGCAGCACAGCUUGGCGUCACCGUUGGCGAGGAUGAGCUGAGUCGGCAUGCGGCGCUCUUCAUGGACGCCAUCGACCAUGCCUUUUCGUUGGCGGAAAAGGGCAUCACCCGCCGUGACAAGAAUCCUGUGUUUUGGAACCUGCGUGAUGCCUUUAUCAACAAGGACAUCAAGGGCCUGAGCAAAGAGGUCCAGUACUCGUUCCAGUCUUUCAUUGUUGGCCAGCGGUUUUCCAAGGACGUCCAGGACAGCCAUAGACGCUUGCUAGACUUUCGAUUCCCGCACGAGUGGUUUCCUGCGACUCGAGCGAUGCAGCGCACGAUUCAUGUUCACGUUGGGCCUACGAACUCCGGCAAAACCUACCGCGCACUCAAGGCCCUUGAGAAUUCCAAGUGCGGAGUCUACGCUGGACCUCUUCGACUGCUCGCCACCGAGGUGUACCAGCGCUUCAAGGCAAAGAAUAUCCCGUGCGCUCUCAUCACGGGUGAGGAAGUGCGGAUUCCCGAAGACGCGGAUCAGUACUUUUCAAGCUGCACAGUGGAGAUGAUUCCCCUCAACACCCGGUUCGAUGUCGCCGUCAUUGACGAGAUCCAGAUGAUUGCUGAUGCCGACCGUGGAAACGCGUGGACAUCUGCCGUCCUUGGAGUACAGGCCAAAGAGGUCCACGUAUGUGGCGAGGAGCGAGCCGUCAAGGUCAUACAGGCCAUGUGCGCUAGCAUAGGAGACAAGUGUGUCGUUCACCGAUACGAACGCCUGAGUCCUCUUAAAACCAUGGACAAAGCGCUCAAUGGAGACUACAAUAGCCUGCAGAAAGGAGAUGCCAUUGUUGCUUUCAGCCGUCUCAAUCUACACGCUCUGAAACAACGUAUCGAGCAGAACACCGGAAGGCGUUGCGCAAUCAUCUACGGAUCCCUACCACCAGAAGUCCGUGCCCAGCAAGCAGCCCUGUUCAACGAUCCAGAUAACGACUACGACUUUGUCGUUGCCAGUGAUGCGAUUGGCAUGGGCUUGAAUCUUGAGAUUCGACGUGUGAUUCUGGAGUCUGUUACAAAGUAUGACGGCAGUCAAAACCGACUGCUGACAUUCCCCGAAAUCAAGCAAAUUGGUGGGCGAGCGGGGCGAUACAGAUCUGCACAGAAUCCUGAUGGUUCAGCGGACGAAACAGAAAAGGUUGGCCUUGUCACCACCAUGGACCGGGCCGAUUUGAAAAGCGUACAGCGAGCCUUUCAGAAGAGUGUGGACGAUAUUGAGGCGGCCUGUAUCCAACCUCCCGCGGGCAUCGUGGAGCGAUUUGCUUCUUAUUUCCCACCGGACACACCACUAUCUUUUAUCCUCAAGAGAAUCCAAGAGACGGCAACAGUCAGCUCUCUAUACAGGAUCGGGCUGGGAUCAGAUAUCCUGGAAAUUGCAGACAUUAUUCAGGAUAUCCCGCUUACGAUCCACGAUAGGUUGACGUUUUGCUACCUGCCUGUUGCGCUUCGCGCAGACAGGGCUAUAGACGUGCUCCGAGCUCUCGCGCAAGUCGUCGCCACAAACUCAAAGGGGGAUCUCCUUGAUAUUGAGGAGAUACCGUUGGAGUACCUAGAUCUAAAAAUGGAGGACUUUCAAGUAAAGGAAAAGUAUCUCGCCAAGCUAGAGUCACUACAUGUCGCCGUCAACCAGUAUGUGUGGCUCUCGUACCGCUACUCAGGCGUAUUCCGCAGCCAGGCCCUGGCUUUUCACGUGCGAUCGCUGGUGGAGGAGAAGCUCAUGGAGACACUGGAGCGUCUCAACUUUAGCGACGAGCAUCUGGAGCGCAGACGCAAGACCAAGCGUCUACUAGCGAAAUCCCGCGACGCCAGCAGGACGGUGAUUGGCGAGGGGGAUGCAGACGAAGUGGAGCAGUUUUCAGAUGAUGACUAUGUCAUUGAUGAAGUGGUAGGGGGGAGAAAACAUGCGGUGCGCGUUGCGUGAUGAGCCUGUGUGUCUUGGUUUGACAGCUGUGCUAUGUUCUCUGGGUGUUUCUGGGUGAUAUCGACCAAACCCUUUUCCUUCGUUUGCUUUCGGUUAUGCGGCCCGAUAGAACCGGGGUGGUGAUGGGGUGAAUUUUCGAUUUUGUAAAAGAGAUGGCAUCCACUUACUUGACCUGGAAAGAUAUGAGCAGCGGUAUGGGCGAGCUUUCGCAAACUGUACGAUUAAGGGUAUAGAUGGGAUCAACAAAAAGGCUGUAUGAUUAG